CUUACAGCGAAACGCGUAUACGGAACUGUCGUGAUACGAAAAUUCUACUGUCUGUCAAGUUAUUAUUACCAAAUAGAUUAUUGUGUACGUGGUGUAUUAAGUAAUAUACAGUGUUACAAUAAUAAAACACAUUGAGGAUUAUUGUGUAAAUAAAUCUAAAUAAGAUAGUGUGUAAAAUUAAUACAUCAAGGCAACAACACGGGUGGCUAAACGCGCGUUCGCGGAGAAUCAAGAUGAGUUAGUGAAUUAAUAAAAAAAAAAAAAAAUGGAGUAAUUGAUAAUAAAUAAAACUAAUGAGACCGACAAUCAAAUGCCAAAAUAUAAAAGAAAAAGUGAUGCAGAGACUUAUUGAUAAUUAAACAAUCAAACAAUGUCAGCAAAUUAUUUCGCAGUUUUAGAUUUAGGAUAGGCUACAAGCCACAUAAUAUAUAUUUCGGAAAGCAAUAUCAUAUAUAUUGCUUUUAAAAGUAAUAGAAAAAAAAAAAAAGGAUUAUAAUAUAUGAGUAAAUAUAUAGGCAAUAAUUAACGUCUAAAAUAUAUUUUCAAUGGAUAAAAAGUUUAUUGUAGAAGAUGAAAAAAAUAUAUCAAGGCUACAGACAACUACACAUGGCUAGUGAUCAAAAUAUCAAGUAAUUUGGAUAAUAUUAACUACUGGACAUGAUCAUAAUUGUGGCGAAAAUAAAACAAUGAUUAUUGUAUGAUUGACGUUGAGGUAAAAUUUAAAAAUUACAUGAAUGUCAGGAACAGGCGACGUGGGUCGCAGACGCGUUGAGUGGCGCCGCAACGCAAAACAAAUAAACUUAAUUAAUAAACAAAUUAACUUAACAUUAAAGGUAUAAAAUAUACAUUUGGAGGAGAAGAAAAUUUGCUGAAAAGGUGGCUGUUCGCUACCUAGGAUUACGAGGUGCUGCGUGGGCAUGCAGCAGCCUCAGACACGCCCUCUCCUCGGGGACUCUGUAUCCUCUACAACUUCCCCGACAACAAGACGCGGUAAUUCAGUGGCUGUUUUAACCCAUCAACAGCUACAGCAACUACAACAAUUACAGGCACAAAAUUCAACAGGACAGCCAUUAACAUUUGCAUUGCAACAAUCCUCAAAUAAUCAUGGACAAGAUCAAGCAAACGCUUCGGCAACUGGAAAUCACAUAGUUUAUUUAAAUCAGUUAAGCCAACUGAAUCAAAAUACCAUAAAUUCCUCGGGGACUGGUAUGGGCCUACCCCCGGCCGGCCCCACUUUUGGGGUGGGCCUUAAUAUGGGAUUGCCACUUUCAUUAUUAAAUACCAGUCUUACAUCAUUAACUUCAAAUGUUAUAACAACAUCUAAUCCUCUGCUCAAUAUUGGACUACCUAACAUUAAUCAGGGUAUAGCAACUGUAAAUACGGACAUAAAUACAUUGAAUGCAUUGAAUUCAACUUUGAAUUCAAACUUACCUUCCAGCAGUAUUAGCAAUGGAUUAGCUGGUCUUGCGCAAGAUAUUAAUGCCAUUAAUUCAGGUAUUAAUCGGUUAAAUACUCUUAAUUCAUCUACAUUAAGUUCGGGGCUCUCUAACAUAAACUCUGGUUUGAAUCCAAAUCUAAAUCAAAAUUUUACAACUUUAAAUGCUAAUGUUGGAGAAAAUAAUUCUGGUUUAUCUAAUUUGAAUAAUUUAAAUUCAAGUCAUAAUACAUCAUCAUCGAGCAUAAACCAGAAUUUUAACAGAUCACUUAAUGUCUUAGCCGGAAUUACACCCAGCAGUUUGAGUUCCUGUAAUACCAAUUUUCCAUUUCAAACAAUUCAAAGUAUACAGAGUAUUGCACCUCAUAUUGUUGGUUCAAGUGUUAAUCAAGUACCCAGUUCAGCAAUACAACAGCAUUCAAAUUCAAGUGGUGUGUCAAUAUCUCAUAGUUCAAAUUUAGCUCUCAGUUCAAAUGUAUACACGAGUACAUCAAAUACUCCAAUAUUGUCAACAACAGCAAGUGCUAAUCAGUCUUCAAAUGUCAAUCAUAAUCAAAGUAUACAUUUAGGAGUUAUGCAUACAACAAAUCAGCCAAAUGUAUCAGCAACAAAUGUAUCACAUUUUUCAACUGUUAAUGAUCCAAUAAAUACACUAAGUCAUAUUUCUGGAAUUGGUACAUCACAUAAUACUGCUUUUCAAACACAACGACAAUUUUCACAAGCUCCCAAUUCAAAUUUAGGUGCUUCGAUAAAUAUAUCUGGUAAUAAUCAAACGUCCAAUACCGUUAAAACUGUGCAAAAUAUCCAAACUCAAAAUAUUAGUUCACCAGGAAGUCCAUUUUCAAUGCCACUUAAAAGUCCAGCAUCAAAUAUCGCACCACCAACACCAAGCCCAAGUCCUAAUCGGGUUUUAUUACGUAGUCCGGCGUCAAAUUCCAUCCAAUCAAAUAGAAACAGUCCGAGCCCAGUAGCAACAUCAACAAAUAGCAAUUUUAGUAUGCAGCUUCAGAGUCCAAUGCAGAGUCCAAUGAGCGUAGGACAGAUACAGAGUCCAGCACCGAGCCC